AUGCAUCGACUUUUCCGUGCUGUUCCUACAGCUAGAGUGACGGCUGCUAGCUAUUCUACCCAUCCAAUCAGAGAUCUAAGAACUUCCAGUCUUGUGCCCCUAAUCGAGGUUGCCAAACCCGCACUUGCCUCUGAUGCCUCGCACCUGACAGACGUAUAUGAGACCCUUGAAUCCAAAGGUGUGCUUCAAGUACAACUGGGGUUUGAAGACAAGAACAGCACAUAUCUGCAGAGCCUGAUAUCGAAUCUCCACAAAAACCACAACCAUGGUCUCCCAAUUACCCACAGCGCCGAGCGUGGUUGGUUUUGGGAUGUUCGGCCCUCUCCAGCGAGUUUCCAAAGCCAUGGACACCAAGCUAGAUCAGAGACUAUGUUUCGGUUUGAAUGGCAUACCGACUGCAGCUAUGAGGAGCAACCCCCACGCUUCUUUGCCCUUCAAGUCCUUCAGCCGGAUCGCUGCGGUGGUGGGACGUUGUCUGCAUUGAACGUCGAUCGACUCCUCACCUUGCUUUCCCCUUUCGCGCGACGAUGGCUCUCCAGCUAUAAUUACAAAAUUACCGUCCCUCCGGAGUUCAUCAAAACUGCGGGGAAACGGCACAUCGUGGGCAAUCUGCUCGCGGUGAACCCGGGGGGAAAUCCCGGUAGUCAGCUGCGAUUUCGCGAAGAUAUCACGGUUCCCUUGACUCCGAAUGCUGGCAAAGCCCUGGAUGAGCUGAAAGAAAUUUUGUACGGUGGCGCCCGGGAAGAGACUCUCCAUCUAACACCCCAGAGCCUCCCCCAAGGAUCAAUUAUUAUGAUGGAUAAUCGCCGAUGGCUACAUUCACGCAAUGAAGUCAAGGAUCCCAAACGACAUCUUCGGCGAGUGCGAUGGGAUGCGACGCCAUUUGGACCCAACCCAUGA